CUUUUUAAGGAAACCGAGUCGCCUCUUUCUUCCAGUUGCCUUUUCUUUCCCAUUAUCUCCUUCAGCCCGAAUUCUUCCUUGUUUUGCUAUUUGGAGCAGAAUUGUUAAAGGGUGCUUUGUGUGACGGAUUAAUUGCUUUGUGCUUUGUGAGAACGAGCCUUGAAACAGCGCACUAGCAUUCUACACCGUGCAUUGAGAUUGUGUUCCAGCUUGGGUCCAGGAAUCAGUGUCGGUAUAUACCCGCAGCGGCGGUUGCAGUUCCAGUAUUUUCAGGGAUAUAUACUCCAUACGACCUUGGACGCGACACAUCGCCUGUAUUUGAAAGUCUCCAAUUGUUCAUUCCCUAAUUGGGAAACAGAGACGGCUUUCCAGCACUAUGAGUCCCAUAUUGCACACUGCAUCUGCAUUAUUAUGGCCACGAGAUAUCAGCCAAGACGUUGAUAACGUCAAGCAUACCUUUUCCAGCUGGGAUACUUGUAUGGAUAAGAACUAUUGCAAGUGGCCCGUCAUCGUCGCGAUUAUUGUCGGCUCCUUGAUAGUCAUCUCCAUUGUCGCCUGCAUUGUUAACUGUAUAUGCUGUGGCUAUCGCUGCUGCACCGGCUGUUGCUCGUGUUGCUGCCCCUCCGGGCGCAGGAGAGAAAGAGCGCCCAAAUACCUCGACAAUCCAAUACCAUCAGCACCGUAUAGUCAUCCCGUCAACACUGCCUAUCAAUCACCGUACAUGCCAUCACCGUAUAACAAUAGAUUUGACUAUACCCCGAAAGCUGCAGCUGCAUCAUCACCGGUUCAUGACGAUUCGCUACCUUCCAUGCCCACCUAUGAUAGCUCAGCCAGACGAUACGGCCAUUCCACCCGCGACGAUAUGGAAAUGGAACCGCUAGAUCAGCCGGGCCUUGUACCACCUGCACGAUCAAAAUUCGGCAGAUCAGGAUACAUGGAGGUUCCGUCCGAUGCGGCCGAGCCUCUACCUGUUCAUCAAGGACAGGAUCCCUAUCAUUCCUCCUCUUCUCCCUACGGCGGACAGCAGCACUAUACCGAUCAUCCGCACGAACGUGCCGCUUCUCAGUCCUCAAGGCUAUAUACCCCUGCUUCAAUGUCGACCGCACCACCAACUUAUGUGUCUAUGCUGGAUGAACCAGAGCAGCCGUCGCAGUCGCGUUUCUAUAACCAGCACCAGUCUCCGCCUGCUGAGCUUUCUUAUGACCCCUAUUCUGCUCCGACGGGAGAUGAGGGUAGACAUCCGUCUAUUCUUGUUAGUGGGCGGAAGCCAGCUCCUGGCUCGACGAGGGUUGUCUAGUUCAUUGUUGUAGUUGUUAUUAGUGCAUUUGUUUGCCCGUCUUCCUUGGGCUUUGGUAGGCGGGUUUGGGGCUUUAUGUUGAUGGGCAUGACGUUUUCUCUCUCUUUCCCUGUUUGAUGAUGGUGAUGAUGACUCUGUCUUUUGCCAUGAAAGUAUAUAUAUGCUUUACUCACGCAUAGUCUGCCUGCGCUGGUCGUGAGAUAUGUAUAGAACUACUACUACUACUACUACUACUACUACUACUACUACUACUACUACUACUACUACUAC